CUAUACUUUCUCCUAGCUAAAACCACAUCCAGUGUAUUACGCCAUCAAAAUUCGCUAAGGAUCACCCGCACGAUGCCACCAAAGCGUAAAGGCAAGGCCAGGGAUGAUAACGCUGAUGGAAAAGCAAACAAGAGAAACCGCAAGACUACUGGACCCAAAAAUACACUCGCCUCUAGUCCUGAAAAAAUAUCGAAAUCCGAUGACGACCAGCUACCAUCCAUACCUCCUGCGAUCAAUACUCCAGAUAUAACUAAUCUCCUCCGGGAUGGCAAGACUUUCGACGAAUACCUCCGUCGUCCUCAGCAGCGCAUUCGGCUAGAUGAUCAACCAUUCGGGGAGCUAGAGCAGAUCCGCUCCAACAGAACCGGAACUACAUACAAAGCGAUGCUGGGCGGCAGGGUCCUUGCUCUCAAGCUCGUAAGUUCAUUUCAUGUUGGCUCCUUGUGCUAGGGGGUUCCAAUGCGUUCUCGAACUAUGAACAGAAUAACCUAAAACGAGAACUAGUACAAUGAUUUCCAGAGUUCCUCUUUCGUCCAAGAGAAGUCUGCUUAUGCGAGGCUGCGCGAGAAGGGAUUGGAUGGCGUCGUUUGCCCGAAGUUCUACGGAAUCGUGGACUGCAGGUACCCACU